UAUUUGUUGACACUCGUGAGGAGUUGUUGAGAUCGCUUGUGACCAACCAUGGAAGAAGUGAUAAGGAUAUUUAUUUCCUGAUGCUGCGAUAAGCGUUUUCUACAUAAACGGAUACGAUGUUACAAGCCUCCGCCGUGGUCGUCUGGGAAUGGCUCAGCGAGCACGGGCGCUGGCGGCCGUACAGCCCGACCGUGUCUCACCACAUAGAGGAGGUGAUAAGAAGCGAUCCCCGCGGCGGAAGCGUCGUUCUAGGCCGAGCCGACAGCCGCCUGUCGCCCUACAUCAUCGAUCUACACUCCAUGCAUCAGUUCAGACAGGACACCGGUACGUUAAGACCAGUGCGACGGAGUUUCUAUGACCCCACCUCAGCGCCAGGCCAAGGUUGGAUAUGGGAGUGGGAAAAUGAUGCAGGUUCCUGGACAGCCUUUGACAUGGAGGUGAGCAUUGCCUUGCAAGCGGCACGGGAUCGACAGCAACCCUGGCUGGACCUGACAUCGUUGGGCUUUUGCUACUUUGUUGACUUCCAGACCAUGACCCAGAUAAACAGGCAAACACAGCGGCAGAGGCGCAUCCAGAGACGCUCAGACAUGGUUUACCCACUAGUUACUGGGCCACUGCCUAAAAAUUCAGUGGCUUGGGGUACUGGCUCAGGGACUGGAGGCAUGACUAGAAAGGUUACAUCAGGUGGAGGGUCAACCGGGGCUCUUCUUGGGGUAGGCGUUUCUGGUUCUACCCUGAGUAGAAAAGGAAGUGCCGUUUACCCAAGCGGGACGCUUUCGGUAUCAUCUCUUGCUCCUCUCGGACAGCCCUGUGCCUGCCAGCAGUGCAUGCUGGUGUUGAGUGUAAAGGGAAAUGGCACUGCAUCACAGACACUAGGACGUGCAACAAAGCCAAACAGUCCAAAAUCCAGCUUUGGGACACUUCCAUCCUCCUCUUUUUUAAACUCAUAUUCUCAUACACUACCACAUGGAACAUCUUUAAAAUCCAUGCCCUCGGAAGAAGCCAAGAAUUCUGGUGUUUUUGAUCAGUCGUUGUCCCUUCUCACAUCGGCCACUGCCAAUCUCUCAAUCUCCUCUAGCCGCCCAACGCCUUCAUCUUUACCCCCAACUAUGCCAUCACAGAAUCAGCUGCCUCCAUCCACUCCAAGUUUAUCAUCUUUAGCAACGUUUGUGCCAACUGCCAUACUUGUUAACACGUCAACAAGUCCCACACCAUCCACAGUUUUUACGUCAUCUUCAACAACGUUGGCCUCUCAGCGCUCCGUUGCAUGUGCUGCCCCUCUACCACCCCGUGACAGUCUGGCAGGGCUUAGUCGGCCUGCUUUGCAGAGAAUUGCCAUGGCACAGUCACGGGCGCUUAUUGCCUCUGGGGUACCGACAGUACCAGUGAAGAAUCUUAAUGGCUCCAGCUCUGUCCAUCCGGCAUUAGCUGGUAUUACUGGUAUUCUGAUGAGUGCAGCAGGACUACCUGUAUGUUUGACCCGUCCACCAAAACUGGCUCUGCAUCCUCCACCUGUCAGCAAGAGUGACAUUAGACCAAUUCCUGGCAUCGGGAACUGUUGCCGCAAGACCACCAAGAAACAAGCCCGCAAAGGUAAAACACCUGAGGAAGUGGUAAAGAGGUACUUGCAGAAGGUCAGGAAUCCACCAGAAGAAGAUUGCACUAUCUGUAUGGAGACUCUGUUGGGACCCUCUGGGUAUAAAGGUCCAGGUGUAGCGAGUGUUUCACGUGCUGAGUCCAUCGGACGACUGGCGCAAUGUGGGCAUCUUUAUCACCUACAGUGCCUAGUGGCCAUGUACAACAAUGGCAACAAAGAUGGCAGCCUGCAGUGUCCCACAUGCAAGACAAUAUAUGGAGUUAAGACAGGAAACCAGCCACCCGGUAAGAUGGAGUACCAUGUCAUCCCGCACUCACUUCCAGGAUACCCAGACUGCAAAACCAUUCGCAUCAUCUACAACAUACCUCCCGGGAUACAGGGUCCUGAGCAUCCAAAUCCAGGGAAGCCUUUCACUGCGAGAGGAUUUCCCCGUCAUUGUUAUCUCCCAGACAAUGAAAAAGGACGCAAGGUGUUAAGGCUUUUGUUGGUGGCCUGGGACCGACGGCUGAUCUUCUCCGUGGGAACAUCCAGCACCACUGGGGAAUCAGACACUGUCAUCUGGAAUGAGGUCCAUCACAAGACAGAAUUUGGCUCCAAUCUUACUGGACAUGGCUUUCCAGAUUCUGGCUAUCUUGCCAAUGUACUAGGGGAGCUUAAAGCCCAGGGCAUCACUGAAGAUGAGGAGCAGCAGCUGUGAGAGGAUGUUUCCGUUGGUAGUGAAAGAAAAAUGAUGGUACUAGAUGUGCAUUUGAAAUAGGGAGCACAGAAAUAUGUGAUUUAAUAUGAAAAUAACUAAUGACCAAUUGGUACAGAUAACUGUGUGAAUUAGCACAGAGGUACAAGUCGGUGUGUAUUCUAUAAUCUCAAUACGGAGUACUUUGACAUGAAGUAACAC